AUGUCUUCCGCCUUCACUGCUGCCCACCGCCGGAAGCGAAUCGCGACAUACGGGAAGGCGUCGCGGUCAACGACAAACUUUACCUGGAACGAAGACGCGCCUUCGCCGGACAGGCCCCGAAAGCAAGCGGGGGCGUUGCAGAGUGUGUUGAGGAGGCCCGGAGCAACAUCUGGCUCUGAUAGCACUGUUGGUAACAGUCGUGCAAACCCGUCGAGAUCACUUGCGACUCGCGACGUCUUCGAUGUACCCUCCGAAGACGAGCUCGCCCCUCUACUGUCACCUGUCCCCACAAAGAUUUACCCAGCGAAAACAUCUCCGAAGCAGGUCGCGCCCAUGGACGAUUUCGAUGUUCCAUCCUCUGGUAAUGAAGCGCCCUUGCCUAGGCGACGGAUAGGGAAGACACCACAGCCAACACACAAACAUGACGCUCCCCGCCGUCUGGUGCCUCCGCUGAAGAAGCUGACAAAGACCGACCGUUCAGAUAUGCCUUCGUCAGAUGAUCCACUGGCUGCUCCUCCCCGGCAGCGAGCAAAAACUCCUCUGUCUUUGCGCAAACCCGAUAAAAACAGUCAGUUGCAGCAACAGACAGAAAGAUGUCCCGUGGUGAGACCUAAGGCUGUGUCGCGAGCAACUACUCCAGUCCCGACGGCGUCCACCGUAGAGCGGAAAAACAAGAGUGCAUCAACUAUUCCUGCCAAGAAUCCUGCGGUGAAGCCUACCUUAGAUGUGGACAUAUUCGAUGUUCCUUCAUCUGACGGGGAAACGGCCCAGAGAACAUCGAGGAGGCCUCGGCCGGCACCAUUGCCCCGAGCAAAGACUCCAACAGUGUCACGACCCCCUGGCCCUCGGCGUUCACCCGCUGCAUCUAUCGAGUCUGAUGACUCCAAUGCUUCUAAGAAGCGAAAGUGGCGAGGCUCGAGCCAGAUCUCACUUACGGCCAAUGUCACAGAAUUGGCGGGUAGGAAGGAAGAAGAGUCUGUCGUACCUCAACGGAGCAAAAAAUAUCGAAAGAAGGAAGAUAGUGUUUCGCCUAAGCAUGAUUCUGAGGUCCACACGCAGCCCCCGAAGCAGAUACCCACUACCGCCACAGAGCCUACCAUUAAUAAGCCCAAGCGGACAAGGGUACGGACAGUUCCAGUUCAGGCAAGAGCUCCUAUUUCUAAAGGCCAAUCUUCCCCCGCAAAGUUGCAUGGAAUGCUCGCAAUGCGAUCGGUGCCGCAGCGACCACCCGCACCCAAACUACCUGAACUUUCCAUCAUCGAGGAUGUAACCAUGUACGACAUCCAUGAUCCUGCCACUCCUCCUCGCAAGGCGUUGAAGAGCUCAAUAGCUGGGUCGGUGACGCCUCGCCAAAGAGAGAUAUUUGGCAACUUGCUGGGAGAUUCUUCGGAAAACACUACUCCAGGCAUGCCGAGUAUUGCAAGACUGCAAUUGACGGUCAGAAAACCAAGAGACACCCUAGCUUCAUUGGCAAGAUCUUCAUCAGAUAUCCCUCAAACUGCUCACUCGCGGAAGCCCAGGCUUAUCGACACGCUCAUGCAAGCUCAAUCUGAGUCGGAUGAAGAGGGAGAAGAAGAAGAGGAGGGGGGGGGAGAGGCGGAGGCGGAGGAAGAUGAAGAUAGUGAGAGUGACGAAGACAUUGAGCAAGAUAUUACCAAAAUUCCGAUUGGUUCACGCUCCCUUCAUAAGACGACUUACAGAACCGCAACUUCAUCUCUUCCUGCAGCUGAUGAUGCGGAGAUGGAUGAUGAACUACCAACGAACUCGCAAACCUCACAAGGUGCACUUCACCUGAAUACUGGACCCAAAGUUACAUACGCUAAACAACGGAGUUAUCUAGAGGAAUCGAACCUAGAGGAUGGCCUACUUCUGGCCAUGGAUUUCGAUGACAUCCCUGGGCUCGGUGGAUCCAGCUCCAACAAGGCUUCGAACAACUUUUCUGACGAGGAGGAAGAACCCACAAGCCAAGUCCGCGGCAUCCACGAGUUGCGGAGAAGAGGUCAGAAUGAACAAUUUAUGCUUGAAGCCCAAACUUCUAUCGACGAAAUUGCGGGCAAGGCCGGCUUAGGAGCUUCUGCGCGGCGUAGCGUGAUGUUGGAGUUUUGUACCCAGCUCGCUGAUGAGAAAUUUGUCGAUCAACUUCUCAACUCUGCCCUCGACCAUCAAUUCUUUAGCAGCCUUGCCUCGAAAGGAGAUGUUAUAUUCGACUUCGCUGCCAUCGUGGCCACAGCCUUCAUCUUGAAGACUGGACCGGGAUUCACAAUCCUAGAUAAGAUUCAUGGAUCGGACAUCAUGGCAACAUUGACCAAACUCCUAGACUUGGGUACUGAUAUCGGCAGGAUUGCCAAAGAACGGAAGACGAAUCUAUCCCGUGUUGGACAAGAAUCUGUAGCCGGGUUUCGAAAGCUCGUACAGGACUCCUCAAUCUGGCUGUUCGAGAAGCCAGAAAAGGUCACACCGCAGAUUGUAGCCAUGAAAACUUUGGAUCUGCUCAUCCUCAACCUGCGCCAAGCUGGUAGCACAGAAGCGCUCCUGAGUGAGAAUACCCUCAGCAAACUUCUAGACAUCACGGGCAGUCCCUGCGAUCGCUUGAAAAAUGGAACCGGUUCUCUGCAAGACCUCACAACCUUAAAUCUUGCAUUUUCGAUCUUGGAGGCGGUGUCAAUGUCUAAAGAAAAGCAAACCACGUGGUCGAAUAAGCACUUACGCCGCUUAGUGGAGAUGAUGCCUGCGUUGUUCGUCGCUGGUGGCGCCUCGCCGAUUAGGCUUGCUAUCCGCCUCUGCAUGAACCUUACCAACAACAAACCCAAGGCUUGUGAGGCGUUCUCUGUGCCGGCGUUCGUACAACCUCUAGUUCGGUCUAUUAGUCAAAGAUUCACCUUACUGGCGGGUGAGCUUGAAGAAGAGCAGAGAACGGAGGUGUUGGAGGGCCUCAUCCUUAGCUUGGGUGCCAUGAUUAAUCUCGCGGAGUUCAGCGAUCAGGCGAGGACGAGCGUGAUCGCGGAAGAGGAGGGGCUGGUUGAUGCGCUGGCGAAAAUCUUCCUGGAUGGAUCGGAAAGAGCUGCUCAGGCCGAUUCUAUGGAAGAGUCUCAAUCCAACGUAGCAAUUGGCUACCUCGCUGUUUUACUCGGAAAUCUCUGUCUAAACGACUUUGUGCGCUACAAGGUUCGAUCACGACUCCCUGGAAAUAAGAUCGACAUGCUCGUUGAUAAAGUCAGAGAAUUCGUUCAAUACAACGAGCGGGUCGAUAAUAUGACCAAAGGCCAAUUUGAAGGAGACGAGGGCAGAGAGACGUGGCAGAACUUCACCAUGCGGCUGAUGCUUGUAGCGGAGCGGUUGGAGCAAGCGGAGGCGUAA